UUCAGGCCUACAUAUGGACACUGACGCUGGCAGAGGGAGGGGAGGCUGGCGCCAUCAGACCCUUAGUGUGCUUGGGAGAGGCGCAGCGUAGCCCUAAUGCCCUGGCCCCUGUGGGGGCAGCGCCCAGCUCUGGCAGUAUGGAAGGGGGCAGCGUGUUUGGAUCCAUCGCGGCCCCCGCCAGCUGUGGCACUGUGCUGCUGGGCCCACUGGCGUGCUGGUGCUCCUCGGCUACCAGCCGGUGCGGCAUGGCCGCGAUCCGCUGUGGUGCCUGCUCCUGCCUGGGGCGGGCUCCGCAGCCAUGUCUUGCUGUCCCCAAGAUUAGCCUGCUGAUCCCGGCUGCAUCGGUGACAGGAAGGCCAAAGGCUGGGGUGCCACCCACUGCCCGCUCUGCCUGACUCUGUUCCCUGCCCAGCCUGCAGGAGCUGCUUGUGGAGCCUGGGCGCUCCCCUUCCCGUGCUGCUCCGCUUGGCCAGAGGCCCUGCUGCCCGCGCGCUGGCAUGGGACACCGAUGGGCUGGGGCCUAGGCAGGCUCAGCUUUCCUGCUCGCUGGCUGGGAGCAGGUUAAAAAUAGCUUGGCCCUCCUUCCUGCUCUGAGAUUCCUGUAGCUGCCUGGGCCUGUGCUACCCAGAGCGCCCAGCACCACCGGCUGCUCCACGCUCGGCCGGGGCAGAGCUGCGGGACGUGCCUGCAGGAGCGGCCGCUGACCAUGCCCCGCAGGGCGCUCUGUGCCACUCUGCGCAGCCAGAGAUGGGGGGGCGAAGGCUUGUGGGCUGCAGCCUGGCACACCGUGACUCACCGCCCGAGGGCUGUGGCUGGCUGGGCUCUGAGCUGCCUCCUGUGCUUCCUUCGCACCCUGACGAGCUUCUUCCUGCUGCCCAGCAAGGGACCAGGCAGCCUGGCACCACGGGCAGAGCCCUGGGAGAGCAGCCCUGAGCAGAGGGUCUACUGGAGCCGAGGGGCAGGGCUGCCCCUCAUUACUGUCCAGACGGAUCCCUGUGCCUUCCAGGUGGAGCUGGCCCGGCUGGCUGAGGAGAGCAUGUAUUUUGGGGCGCUGGCCCGCUCCCAGAUGCAGGAGGCUGCAGAGAGGUGGCUGGUGCUGGAGCAUGUCCCAUCGGGCGCCUUCCGCGCCAUCCUAGAGUUUGUCUUCCUGGAGCACUUUGGGCUGGGCGAGGAGGAGCUGCUGCCCGCCAUCCAGGCUGCCAGCUACUUGCUGGUGCCCUCCUUCCUGGAGCAGUGCUGGCUGGCCCUGCGCCCCCUCCUGUGCCCCCACAACUGCCUGUCCUACCUGCGCUUUGCCGAGGCCAUCGGCUGCCCGGAGAUGCGGGCUGUGUUGUGCCAGUACCUGAGCGCCCAGCUCCUGGAGCUGGCACCUGUCACGGGGCAGCUGGCCCCGGCGCUGCUGGAGGAGCUGGCAGGGCUCCGGACGCGGGGCCCCCAGCAGCUGUGUGUGCUCCGCAAGGAGAACCUGAGGGCCCCGGCCACCUCCGCCACGGAGCCCCUGCAUGGCCUCUACUGCCUCCCCCUAGCCCAGGGGGGCACCUGGCACCGGGCCACCGGGCUGCCUUUCCGGGCCGACAAGUGGAGCUUCAGCACCGCCCAGCUGCUCAACUACCUGUUCCUCAUCGGCGGCUACCGGGAGCGCCGCGGAGCCCGCGGGUUCGCCUUCCGCAUGGCGGCCUUCCGCUACAACCCGCUGGCUGGCUGCUGGCAGCCCACCGCCCCGCUGCUGAAGCGCCGGCGGCACUUCAGCACAGCGGUGGUGGGACAGCGGAUUUACGCCAUCGGGGGCUGGUAUCUGGACACACUCCUGGCGCCGGAUGGCGGCACGGCUCUGUAUGCGGCCGUGGAGCGCUAUAACCCCUGGAGCAACUCGUGGGCCUUCGUCUCCUCGCUGCCCCUCACCGACUUCACCUUCGCCCUCUCGUUGUCCCACGACCUGCCACUCUGCGCGGCUCACGCCGACAGCAUCUACGCCCUGGGCAGCGUGCAGAGGACGGGCGAGAAGCUGCUGCUGCGUUAUGAUGUCGGGGCAGACACGUGGCAGGAGCUGCUCCCAACGCUGACACGAGCCGACGCCGACCUGCCCGGCCUCUAUUUCCUGGGGGGCUCGGAGCCCCUGUACGUGGUGGGGGGCAAUGCCCAGGAGAACGUGGUGAUUUCCUUCAGCGCAGGGGCCCAGCUCUGGGGCCCCGCGCGGAGCCUGCCCAAGUGCACCCUGGCGGGGCAGGGCGUGGCCCUGGGCAGCCGCCUCUUCAUGGCGGCGCCAGAGCUGGGCACGGUGCUGGCCCUGGAGCUGGGCUCGCUGGCUUGCUGCCCGCUGCCUGCCCCGCCCUUCCCCCUCUCCUAUGAGGCCCUCUUCUUCCUGCACUUCCCCGUGCCCCCCUCGCCCCGUGGGGAGCUGGGCAGUGAGCUGGGGCAGGUGGGGGCCAGCGGGGGCACUGAGGACACCCUCCCCCUGGUGGGCAGGACCCCCUCGUGGUGAGCCCGGGGUUCACGCUCUGCAACAAGUGGUGGGUGGCACAUGCAGGGGACGGGGCGCUCAUCUGCCCACUGAUGACAUGCUGGCUCGUUAAGGACCCGGCACCGGUGCCACGUGGCUGCUGCGGCUGCUCCCCAGCGUUUACACCUGUGGCGGGUUCUCAGGCCAAGGCUGGACAGAGGCCGGCACAGGAGCCCGGGGGUGGCCCGAUGUGAUGGAGUAGGGGCUGUCUGUGUGGGGGAUG